AAAUCUGUUUAUAAUCUUAUCAAAUGAACGUACAAGUUUUAGGAUUCGAGAAAGAUUUCGAUCCUCACAAUGUCGGAAAUUUUACAAGUUAUUCACCAAUCUCCACCAUCAUAUGAGCAUCAUAUAACAACAAUGCGUCCUCAGUGUGGUGUGAGCCUAUUUGAAUCCGCUGAUCAGUUUCAGUCAUGUUCGGAGACCGGCGUGGGAAGUACUUUCACGACCUUCUCGAGUUCUUCGGUUGAUGAAUUGUCAAAAGUAACUAGCAUUGUCGAGCAAAACCAGAUUUCGAGGAAGAGAAAGCUUGAGUUUGAUGUCAUGGAAGUGGACUCUCAGGAGCAAAGUGCUGCAAGUGAGUCAGGGUUAAUCGAACCACCUAAAGCUAAGAGAAACACCCGUAAUGAAAACUCAAAACCAAAGCCAAAUAUGGAUGUGAAGACUGAUUACAUUCAUGUGAGGGCUCGUCGUGGAGAAGCCACUGAUAGCCAUAGCUUAGCUGAAAGAAAAAGAAGGGAGAUAAUAAAAAAGAAGAUGCAAUUUUUACAAGACUUGGUUCCAGGGUGCAAAAAAGUCACCAACAAGGCAGCAAUUCUUGAUGAAAUCAUAAAUUAUGUUCAAUGUCUUCAAAAGGAAGUUGAGGUUCUAACCUUGAAACUAGCCGCUUCAACUACAAGCGUGGAGAACUUUUUGUUUAAUCAGCAGGAGCUUAUGCAGCUCUCCCAGUGGCAGUGAACCCAGGCUCACUAGCAUCAUGGUCAGGCUAAAUAGGAGGAGCUAAUAGUACGGUUUCUUCUUAGAUUGUUCUCUCUUUACUCUUAAAAAUCAUAGGAAUUUUGGUAAAAGGAUCAGAGACCCUGUUUUUUGUCCAGGUUCCGACCUUAGGAGGCUUGAGCCGUGCUCGCUUUGUCAUAUUAUGUACCUAGUUCAUCAUUCUUACUUGAACACAAUUCAGUGAUUGAUUCUAUCUAUUCUAUACAUGUUAUGACUGCA